UUAACCAAACUUUUGUAGCCUCUCCGGGUUCCUGUACAUGCGAUUGCGAUAUAUCAGCAAACAGCUUGAGUGUUGUUAUGUUAUUCAGGUCACUGGUAGCGAGUGCCUGCACUCUGGGCGUUCUCGGAGCAGCUGCAACGUAUAAAAUUGCCCCUGUGCAUGUCCAAGCAUCACUUUUACACAAGGAAGUUUCGGAAACCUUCAUAAGAAAGUCUUUACUGGUGGAACAGAGCGACAUGAAGAUAGAACUGCUUCCAGCCCUCAGUGACAAUUACAUGUAUCUUCUCAUUGAUGAGGAGACAAAGGAAGCUGCCAUCGUAGACCCAGUUGAGCCAGUGAAGGUUCUGGAAGCUGUCAGAAAGCACGCUGUGAGACUCACGACCGUCCUUACUACCCAUCACCAUUGGGACCAUGCAGGAGGCAAUGAGAAGAUGGUGAGACUGGUGCCUGGACUCACCGUGUAUGGAGGAGAUGACCGGGUUGAUGCCCUUACUAAGAAAGUCAAACACUCCAACACGUUCAAAGUUGGUUCACUCAAUGUCAAGUGUUUGUUUACCCCAUGCCACACCACUGGCCAUAUCUGCUACCUUGUGACCAAAGACAACAGCAAUGAGCCUCCAGCUGUUUUUACAGGCGAUACACUGUUUGUGGCCGGCUGUGGCAAAUUCUUCGAAGGUUCGGCCGAGCAGAUGUACAGAGCAUUAAUAGAUGUGUUGGGGCGUCUGCCACCUGAAACACGUGUUUACUGUGGUCAUGAGUACACAGUCAACAAUCUGAAGUUUGCUCGACAUGUGGAGCCUGACAACGAGGUCAUUAAGAAAAAACUAGCAUGGGCAAAGCUUUUAUUUUCACAGGAGAAAGUCAGUAAUGGAGAACCCACCAUCCCCUCCACUUUGGCUGAGGAAUUCAAAUUCAACCCAUUCAUGAGAGUCAAAGAGAAGUCUGUGCAAGAGCACGCUGGGCAGAACGACCCGAUUGAAACCAUGCGGAGUAUCCGUAAGGAGAAAGAUGGCUUCCGGGUCCCUAAGGACUGAUCGCAGAAUGGGGGGGUCAAGUAAAAUCCAGAAAUCUGUUCACUUCAUGUGUACCAGUGCACUUCACGCUGUUACUAAGAACAUUUUUAAUCUCGUUUUAUGUCACUACACAAAUUUUACAUUCUGUAGACCUAGGCUGGGAUUUAUUUAAACCUGCCAUAACACUUCUGCUGUGUCUUCUCAAUGUUGAUAUUGUGCCCAUAAACUCAUUCUAUACUAGAAUGAGGAGCUGAGUAAAUACUGCAAUUGGGCUUUGUUUACACAAACACAAUGUAAGCAUCAAACUAAACUGUAUUACCAUUCAAGGUAGUACUGGAAAGGACAGACUUAGUCCCAUCAAAGACCAAAAAACAAGUAUAACUGGACUUGAUAACGAAUUUAAUUAUUUGUUUGAAUGUUAAUCUUGACAGCAAUUAUGAUUUUAAGUCAGCUUUAUUCAGCUGGUUUAUUUAUACAGAAAAUACAUUUGUUAGAUUUAAAUACUAAUACUGAACUAAUUUACCAUAUGCAGAAAAGUAAAGAGUCAGAAAAUGUUUAAGGAAAUUGAAUUCUGAAUGUGUGCAAUGAUUGUAAAUUUAUUUAGAUUACUUUUGUUCCAUUAAGCUUUAUGAAAUGUUUUAUUAAUUAAGGUACAUAUGUUCACUUUAGAAUAUUUUAUGUAUAUAGUGUAGCCCCAUUAAAGGAAUCUAUGGCUACAUUUGUUCUGGAUGGCUUGACUGCUAGAGAUGUAAAAUUAAGACAAAGUGCUUUCAAACAUCCAACUUGUUCUAUGGAAUAAGACAGUGUUUGCUCUUUGUUAAUCAAUAGUUACAUUUACAAAAAAGGCUUUCACUCAGGCAGGAAGAUUGAUUAUUAACUUACUCCUGUAUGAAAUCACUAUUAAAGUUGUAAAGCGUUA